AAAGUCACCAGCUGGUGCCCGGUAUGACGUGGCUUUCCAGUCGGCACAACUUGUACGUCCGAGAGACAAUUAUUUUUACCGGGAGAAACGGCUUCUGGUAUAAGUAAGUCAAGCCAGAAUGGGGAAGAACAACAAAUCUGCAGAGCUAAGGAAGCGAAAACAAGAAAAGCAGGAAAAUGGUGCAAGUCACGUGACCAAUGACGACGACAAAAAGUCCGACAUGCCAUCAAGAAGAGGGUCUGCAACAAGGCAUGCCGGGAAGCCUAUCGACACGUUAUUCUAUGUAGCGGGUGCUUUUCUCCUUGGAGCGAUUCUUAUGGCGUUUCUUAAUGGCCCAAAGGAAAGCCCCAACUUUCCAACACAAACGUCCGACACCAAACCAAUAGAAAACGCGGACAAAAUUAAACAGCCAGAAAAAGAAGCCAAGUCUUUCCUACCUCCUAAACAAGAAAAAGCAAACCAAGAAAGUAUAAUCGAGCAAGACUUUAAGAGACCUUGGUAUCAUUACCCCCGUGUGACCGACAAAAGCGCAAAGAUACCCAGAAAAGCUGAGGAAUUACGUCCUGAUAAAGUCGACCUAAUAGAAGAGAGUGACGCAGCAGGAGGAUGGAAGCCUGCAGACAGCGAGACCAGGCAGACACUGUCGACGUCAUCAUGUCUGAUUGACAGACACUACGUAGAUGACGUCACUCCACAAAUGUUCAGAGACAACUUCAGGUAUAAAAACCCGCUCAUCAUCAGGUUCCGGAAUGGCGCCUCAGGGUGGAUAAACACACAGGAAUGUGGCAAACAGAACCUACUGGAGAAAUACUCCGGCUGGACCGUCCGAUCAGGUACAUCUUUAGACAUAGUGCGUUACGGUGGUGUAGGAGACAACGAGACGUCUUUCUACGAGUUCCUAUCGACUAUGGCAGGGCAGAAGGAUGAGGAGCCGCGACAGAUCUGUGACAGGGAUUUUUACCGAGACAGCCACCUGGACCAAACAGUCAAUCCCCCUGCAUUUCUUUCGGAUCUCCACGAUGACGUGACGUUUGCCGUGGGGACCUCAGGAUCUGGCGAGGCGUUCCGCACGGCGACGGACGGGUGGAGCGGGCUGGUGUUCGGCCGGCAGCGCUGGUUCCUCUACCCGCCACAACACACUCCGCCUGGAGGUUUCUGGCCAGGAUACAGCGUGAUUGACUGGUUCACGGACGUGUAUCCAAAACUAAAAGGCAAGAAAAGGCCGAUGGAGUGUGUUUUAGAGGCAGGAGAGAUAUUGUAUCUGCCGGAAGGCUACUACCACAGCGUGCUGAACAUUGGAGAAACGGUGUCUAUUAAGAUGCAGAGAAAGGACGCCAGCACGAACUUGGGAAGAUGGUUCUUUGAAGGAAACAGGAACGCGGACAGACUUGUCGACCCUCAGUACAAGUACAAGGAGCAGGCGCGGGAGGGGCAGGUUCACGUCUUCAAGAAGCUGCAUGAACUCUUACCAGAGAAUACCGAGGUGAUGCUGAGAUACAGCCAAGCUCUCGCAGAUGUCGAUCGGACUAAAGAAGCUAAACAGCUGAACCAGCGAGUGAUUGAAGCUGACCCGUUCUUUGUUCACGCCUACCUGUCUCUGGCUCAAAUGUACACUGAGCUUGGAUUUCUAGGCCAGGCUGAGAUCCUGUUCAAAGCUGCGAUCAGAAUGAACACGAAGUGUUGGGACGCGUACGCGCAGUACGGGGACUUCUUACUCAACCGGGCGGGCAAAGGGAAAGAUGCUGCGAAGAUAUACGAAAAGGUAAGACCUACUUCGUUUUUGUUCUCCAUGUAG